CUGCGCGACUGGUCUCGCAGUCUGGGCUACAAAUGCCAGAAUAGAAAAGAAUCUCAAAAAAGCCUCAAGUCACAACAGAGGAAAAAAAAACACGUGAAAGGCUCCAAACACCUGGACCUAGAUACCCCAGUGACGUCCGGGUCCGCUAGGAAUUCCAUAUUGAGGUGAUGAAUUUUUUAACUCACCAGUGAAAUGAAAAAAAUUCAAUGAGCGAUAAAAAAGGAAUCGGGGGAAUCCGGAAGUGGUUUGCGUGAGUGGCAUUAAGCGAUAUCGAAAAAUAUAACCGAUUCACAUUAGCAGUAAUGCCAUUUGGCAAAUUUCAUCAACCCCUUCAUCGAGAAAAUCAAUGAAUUUUCGAGUGCAGUAAUCCAAUCAAAAUUGGCCGAGUGACAGUAAAAAAAAAAAUCCCAGUUGAAAAAUCUAUAUGAUUAUUUUAAAAAAUGGCAGCUGACCCACUUGAAGAGAAAAUUAAUAAAAUAAGACAGCAGAAUGAGGAGAUAAAACGACGUUACGAGGAAGUCGAAGCAGACAAGAAAAAUGCUGCGAAAUCGAAUGCCCUGGUGCAGAUGGUGCCCUCGACGGAUUGGCCAGAGCGAAAGGAGCCCCCAGAGUUCUCCUCUCCUCCUGUACCCUCGAAAAAUCACCCAAAGCUGAGAAAUUCCCCGAGGGAUCACAACGGCAGUAUCCAAUAUCGUGCAGGUGGUGAAGGAAAAAAGACCCACACAUUUCCCCAGAACGAAGGCCCUCCACCAGACCCAAAAUACAACUUCCUGGCGGAUUCUGAGCGCGAGGAGCAUCACGAAAACUCAAAAGACCCUGACAAAAUUAAAGGACGAGGGAAAUCAUCACGAGGUCAUUUUAAAAAGCAAAAGGCCGGGAGGGAAUGGCAAUCAAGGGAAUAUCGUGGAAAAUCUGGAGGUUCAGGACAGGAUUCACUGCCUGAUUAUGAGGCCUGGAGGGCUGAGAGAAAUAAAAUCGACGAGGCGAGGAUCAGCAGGCAGAGGACUGCUGAGGGAAAUUGGAAACGGGAGUGGGAUAACGACAAAAUGCAUUUGGCUGAUGAUGUCACCAGGAAGGACAGUCACACUCUGGGGGACUGGGGGUACACCAGGAAUUUUUAUUCUCAUGGACGAGAGUCUGAUCAGGAGAGAAAAAUAAUCAACUCAAUCGAUAAAAAUGUGCAAGUCACGGUAAAUCAUGGAUCCAACAGCUGCAAAAAUCCUCUGAUGAGCGUCAAAGUGAGUUCUCCGAAUAUCGUGGGAACAGGACGAGUUGGCCCUCGCCAGAGAACUCGUGUGAUGUACAGUCAAUCCGACAAGGAAUUCAUGAACUUUGAAGUUGGGAAUUUCAGUCUGCAAAAAUUCCCAGAGGAUAAAUCAAAGCCCAAAGGUUCCAACAAGAAGUCUCCUCGUGCUCUCAGACGAGAGCACGAGCGAAGCGACAAAUUCCAUAAACGAGAGGGUGACGGCAAAACCCAUUCCUUCAACAACAAGGACUUCAAGAACUUCCAGAAAUCUCUCCACGCACAGAGACAGAGUGCAUCUACGAAUUAUCAAUCAAAAUCACCACGUAAUACUGGGAAAUUUGGAAAAGACCUGGGGCAGAGUCCGAAGGUUGAUGGAAAAAAUUCCAGUAAUGAAGAUGUUCCGAUAAAUGAAGGAGUGGAAACUGCACUAGUGGACACUUCACAUUCGGCACAUCUUGUCGAUUAUUCUCCCGAAAGUAUUGAAUUUUACAAACUUCUGGAGGGACUUAAAAUAAAAAUUGAUUCACAGGAGGAAAAAGAAGAAAACAAGGGAGAGGAGAGUGUUCCUCGUGGUGAUGAUUCUUCAGAAGCCACACAAGAAAUUCCAGCCCCUGAAGUCGAGGAAAACGAUAAGAAUGAUUCCAAAAAAUAGUACAGCUGAUGUAAACAAAGGAAUGUGAUGUAUUUGAAUGAUCUAAAUAAGUUAUUUAUUGGAAUGGGCGUCUAGAUGCUCAACUCGAAUCGUUUAACAACCACCAUAGAUUUUCAACAGAAUUAAUUUAUUAAUUUUCAUUUACUGAUACUGAAUUAUAGCUCCAUCGAUGGAUCUACCUUCCAGUGAUCAAAUCUGACGAAUCGUGAUAUAUUUUUUUAAAUUAUUGAAUGGCAAUACUCUGAAUUCGUCACUUUGAAUCGAUCGCUCAGAAUACUUAGAAGAAUAGUUGCUCAUAAUUUUAAAUUUCUCUAUCUGUAUGUAUUUUAGAGAGAGCCUAUUUAUUUUCAUAUCGAAAUUCGGUAUUUUCAAUCAAUAUUACGCCUGCCAAAUUUUUAAUUGAAUCAUUGUUUUUUUAUGAGUGAUCCGUGUGACUAGUCUAGCAAUGAUAUUUACUGAUUACCGCACAGUACCGACAAAUUCACUAUUUAUUCAUUUUAUUUAAUUGACGAAUUGUAACGAAUUUUUCUUGCUUUUAUUUGGGGAUGAAGAUAUUGAAAUAUAUGGAUUAAUAUAUUA